CUGCUGCGUCCCCGCCCUGCGCUAGGGCCGGGCCGGGAGGGUCCCGGGGCGUGCGGCCGGGCCGGCGGGUGAGGUUCUCCAGGCAGACGCAGCGCCAUGCGCAGCCCCCCUGCCAGGGCGCUGCUGCUGAUUACGCGCCGGGGCCCUGCCGUGCGUGCGUGGGCCCCGGCCGUCUCCUCUAGGACAUGGCUGGCUUCUGAGUGGAACCCGCUCGUGCGCGCUUGGACGUCCCUAAUCCAUGAGCCGACCCCGGGCCUCCGCUUUCCCGCGCCCCUCUCCCGACUGCCCGGUGGCGUGGGGCGGUGGGCCACGUCCUCAGGGGCCCGCAGGUGCUGGAUACUGGCAGGACCCCGCGGCUCACAUCCCCUGUUCGCCAGGUUCCAGGGAGUCCCGGCAGCCGCCGCCAAUGUGCGAGACCUUGGGAACGACUCGCGGCAGCGGCCCGCGGCGACCCGGGGCUCAGAAGUGUGGAAGCUCCUGGGGCUGGUGCGCCCUGAGCGCGGGAGGCUGUCAGCUGCUGUUGGGUUUCUCGCUGUGUCCAGUGUCAUCACCAUGUCUGCUCCUUUCUUCCUGGGGAAGAUCAUUGAUGUUAUUUACACCAACCCAAGCGGGGACUAUGUCGACAGCCUGACUCACCUCUGUGCUGGCCUCACUUGUGUGUUCCUGUGUGGUGCUGCUGCGAACGCCGUUCGUGUCUACCUCAUGCAGUCUUCAGGUCAGAGCAUCGUGAACAGGCUGCGCACCUCACUGUUCUCCUCUAUCCUAAGGCAAGAGGUUGCUUUCUUUGAUAAGACCCGCACAGGAGAAUUGAUUAACCGCCUCUCCUCAGAUACUGCACUCCUGGGGCGCUCAGUGACGGAAAACCUCUCUGAUGGACUGAGGGCUGGGGCCCAGGCUUCGGUUGGUGUUGGCAUGAUGUUUUUUGUGUCACCCAGUCUGGCCACCUUUGUUCUGAGUGUGGUACCUCCGAUCUCCAUCCUCGCCGUGAUUUAUGGACGAUAUCUACGGAAACUGUCCAAAGCCACACAGGACUCUUUGGCACAAGCCACACAGCUCGCUGAGGAGCACAUUGGAAACAUAAGAACCAUCCGAGCUUUCGGGAAGGAGACGAUGGAAGUGGAGAAGUACACCAGCCACGUGGACCAGUUGCUGCUGCUAGCACGGAAGGAGGCCCUGGCCCGGGCGGGCUUCUUCGGAGCAGCUGGGCUCUCAGGAAACCUGAUUGUGCUGUCUGUCCUGUACAAGGGUGGCCUGCUGAUGGGCAGCGCCCAUAUGACAGUGGGCGAACUCUCUUCCUUCCUCAUGUACGCUUUCUGGGUUGGAUUGAGCAUCGGAGGUCUAAGUUCCUUCUACUCCGAGCUGAUGAAAGGCCUAGGUGCUGGUGGGCGACUCUGGGAGCUGCUGGAGAGACAGCCACAACUGCCUUUUAAUGAGGGGACUGUGUUAGACGAGAAAGGCUUCCAGGGUGCCCUGGAGUUCAGAAAUGUGCACUUCACGUACCCUGCUCGCCCAGAAAUGGCCGUUUUCCAGGAUUUCAGCCUUUCCAUCCCAUCUGGAUCUGUCACAGCACUGGUUGGCCCUAGUGGUUCUGGAAAAUCAACAGUGGUCUCACUCCUGCUGCGGCUGUAUGACCCUGUUUCUGGAACAGUCAGUCUUGAUGGCCACGACAUUCGUCAACUAAACCCCGUCUGGCUGAGAUCCAAGAUUGGGACAGUCAGUCAGGAGCCGGUCCUGUUCUCCUGCUCUGUGGCAGAAAACAUUGCCUAUGGUGCUGACAACCCAUCCUCAGUCACAGCCCAGGAGGUGGAGAGGGCGGCAGAAGUGGCCAAUGCCGCAGAAUUCAUCCGGAGCUUCCCUCAGGGCUUCAGCACUCUGGUCGGCGAGAAGGGCAUCCUCCUAUCUGGUGGGCAGAAACAAAGGAUCGCCAUAGCCAGGGCCCUGCUGAAGAAUCCCAAAAUUCUUCUCCUUGAUGAAGCAACCAGUGCACUGGAUGCUGAAAAUGAGCAUCUGGUACAGGAGGCCCUCGACCGGCUGAUGGAAGGAAGAACAGUGUUGAUCAUAGCUCACCGCCUGUCCACCAUUAAGAAUGCCAAUUUUGUUGCUGUCCUUGACCAAGGAAAAAUCAGUGAACAUGGAACACACGAAGAGCUGCUUUUGAAGCCCAAUGGGCUUUACAGAAAACUAAUGAACAAGCAGAGUUUUAUGUCAGUAUAAUGGAUCAGUUUCUGGAGCCGUCAAAGUACGCAGCCUGUAAUCCCAGCUAUUGGGAAGCUGGAGCAGAAGGAUUGUGAAGACUUCCUCAUGUACAUAGCAAGACCCUCUCUGAAAACAAACAAAAACAAAACAGUAGUUCCUGAGAGACUUUAAAACCAUCGGAGAAAAACAGAUCUUAAGAGACUGUGUGAAACCUGUGGAUCGUACUUCAGUUAUUUGAAACAUGCCUAUUUUCACAGAGAAUGUAAAACCCUGUGUUUAGAUGUGUCUGUCCUCUCAGAUCUUCUUCGUCGCUUUCUAAACUUGGGAAACGCUGACGUUGCUGCAGGGUCGGAAUGUUUGUUUAGCUUAGCACAGCGCCUCACUUCCUUUGCUGCCAGAGUCAGGCCGUGACGUCAGGUGAGAGCUCUAAAAAGGGAAUUCUAAACUAAAGGCCUGACUACUUUAAGCCAGGUUGCCAGUCACUGAGGCACCUCCCUGGGGCCACUGAGGGAAAGCUUGCUGUGUCUGUCCCCACAUCUCAGGGGUCGGAGCUCUGGAACACGAUAGGCUGCGAUGGUCAGGGCAGGCGGCGCACAGCACCAGGGUGUGUGAGAGCCUGAUGCGUUUUGCCACAGGAGGAAGUCCCAGUCUGUAAACAGAAACACGUCUAUUUUUUUAUUCACUUCCUUGUUUUCUGACUCCUUUUGAAAAGCAAGGUACAGAUGACCAGGUAUUAGCAACAAAAGUGAAUGGAAAUCAAUUUUACAUUUGUUGGAGCAUGUAUUUUGGAGAAAAAAAAAUCAAUACCUGUUUAAAAUAAUAUGUAAUUCUCAGAUAUAUUAAUUAUAGUUUUAUACUUUACAUUUUCACUAAUAAGGCUGAAUCUGAGUAAUUUUCAGCCUUGAAUAUGGUGGCUCUUUGGCCUCAGCAGCAGAAGCAUGAUGACAGAAGGAACAUUGUCUUUUUUUUUUUUUUUGGAAAGCGUUGCAAUAAGAUACAUAUUGUCUUGCUGCUGUGGUAAAUGUGGCUACCCUGCCAAGCGCAAGAGAAGGUAUAACUGGAGUGCCGAGGGUGAGAUGCAACGCUUCUGAGACCGGGCAGAUGAGGCACCAAAACAUUGUUUAUCAUCCAUUCAGACAGGGAUUCUGUGAAGGAACGAUCUAAAGCCAAGAGGUCGCUGUUGCAGCAUCCAGUUCAUCUUGAAGAUUGCAACAGUCAGUCAUGAAACAAUUGUUCUGGUUUAAAAAGAAAAAAAACCAAGCAUGGCGACUCACACCCCUAACCCCAGCACCUGGGAGUUCAAACCCUGCAUUACAAUAGUGAGUGUGAGACCAGCCAGGACAUGAGACCUAGUCUUCAAAUGUCUUCAAAGACAUUGGAAGAGUUUGAAAGCCCUACCCAAUGGAAUACGUGGAACCUUAACAUGGCACUGCCCUAUACAAGGAGAUGAGUAGUCUUUUCUCCUAUGCUUGCAGUUUUAGUCACCUACAGUGUCUCCAUUCUUACAGAUUCGCCACAUUUUUUUUUUGGUAUUAGUGCUAUUAGUUGGAUGUUGCCUCAAGAAAAUGUGCUUUUUUAUGCUGGUGAUGUAGAGCCCGAGGCAUAACUACCCUGAGAGUUAAAUGGACACACCACCUGCUGUGCCCACUGGCCUCUGGCCAUACUGGAAGAAACCUCUUCAUGGAAGCACAGAAUGUCACAGUGUGUGGUACUUGAGUAAGACAGGCUCUCUGGAUGAGUGUAGUGGUCUCUGAGUUAGUGAACAGCACAUUUUUGACCAUCAUCUCCACUGUCCACGUUUAUUCAACUUGAAGGGGGGUUCUCAGAAGACAAAACAGCCCCCAGGUUGGUGGGAAACCCCUUUGCUCCAUGGAUGUAUUUAAAAAACUGAAUUGAGUCAUCACACUUUAUUUCUUAAUAUGUUUGUCUUUAACAUUUUAUAUCAGAUUAAAAUUUAUAGCGAAUUUAA